GGCAGCAGGAUGUAGAGUGCUGUUCAGGUUCUCCAGCGGAGUCCCCGAAGGGGCCAGCUUCAUUGAAAGCUUCUGCACAGUGAGAGGAGGAGUUACAGUACCUGACUCGGGGCUGCUCUGAAUCCAGUGCUGCUCAGCCGGGAAGAUACUUUCCAAGCGUUAUGAAGGCGGAGAAGGAUCCCGAAGACGAGGAAAAUAUCCUUAGAGAUCCAAGCUAAGUGUAGCCCAGCAUGAACAGGAAGAUUUGUAAAGAGAGGGACGGAUUCACCGGCUAGGAGUUUGUCUGAGGGCGUGCUUUGUGAGCCGCAGAGAUUUGUAACUUAAUGCCAAGUAGUUUGCUGCUAGCAACCAGAAACCAAAUCCUGUCUAUGAUGAACUGUUGGUUUUCUUGUGCUCCCAAGAACAGACAUGCAGCAGAUUGGAACAAAUAUGAUGACCGAUUGAUGAAAGCCGCGGAGAGGGGAGAUGUAGAAAAAGUUUCCUCAAUCCUUGCUAAAAAGGGCAUCAAUCCAGGCAAACUAGAUGUGGAAGGCAGAUCUGCCUUCCAUGUUGUGGCCUCAAAGGGGAAUCUUGAAUGUUUGAAUGCCAUCCUUAUACAUGGAGUUGAUAUUACAACCAGUGACACUGCAGGAAGAAAUGCUCUUCACUUGGCUGCAAAGUAUGGGCAUGCAUUGUGUCUACAAAAACUUCUACAGUACAAUUGUCCCACUGAACAUGCAGACCUGCAGGGAAGAACCGCACUUCAUGACGCAGCAAUGGCAGACUGUCCUUCCAGCAUACAGCUGCUUUGUGACCAUGGGGCCUCCGUGAAUGCCAAAGAUGUGGAUGGGCGGACACCGCUGGUUCUGGCUACUCAGAUGUGUAGGCCAGCAAUCUGUCAACUGCUGAUAGAUCGAGGGGCAGAGAUUAAUUCCAGAGACAAACAAAACAGAACUGCUCUCAUGCUUGGUUGCGAGUAUGGUUGUAAGGAUGCUGUAGAAGUCUUACUUAAAAAUGGUGCUGAUGUAAGCCUGCUGGAUGCCUUGGGCCAUGAUAGUUCUUACUAUGCAAGAAUUGGUGACAAUCUGGACAUUCUAACUUUAUUGAAGACUGCGUCAGAAAAUACCAACAAAGGGAGAGAACUUUGGAAGAAAGGACCAUCUUUACAGCAGCGAAAUUUGCCGUACAUGCUAGAUGAAGUAAAUGUGAAGUCAAGUCAGAGGGAGCAUCGAAACAUUCAGGAGCUGGAGAUUGAAAAUGAAGAUUUGAAAGACAGGUUGAGAAAAAUUCAGCAAGAACAGAGAAUAUUACUGGAUAAAGUCAAUGGUUUACAACUACAGCUGAAUGAGGAAGUGAUGGUUGCUGAUGAUCUGGAAAGUGAGAAAGAAAAGCUGAAGUCUCUUUUGGUGGCUAAAGAAAAGCAACAUGAAGAAAGCCUAAGAACUAUUGAGUCUCUGAAAAACAGAUUUAAAUAUUUUGAGUGUACUUCCCCAGGGGUGCCAGCCCACAUGCAAAGCAGGUCUAUGUUAAGACCACUGGAGCUAUCAUUACCCAAUCAAACCUCAUAUUCUGAAAAUGACCUCUUAAAGAAAGAGUUAGAAGCAAUGAGAACUUUCUGCGAAUCAGCCAAACAAGACCGCCUCAAGCUCCAGAACGAGCUGGCGCACAAGGUGGCUGAGUGCAAAGCUUUAGGACUAGAAUGUGAACGCAUCAAGGAGGACUCUGAUGAGCAGAUAAAGCAGUUAGAAGACGCAUUGAAAGAUGUGCAGAAGAGAAUGUAUGAGUCGGAAGGUAAAGUAAAACAAAUGCAGACACACUUUCUUGCCCUUAAAGAGCACCUGACCAGUGAAGCAGCUAUAGGGAAUCACAGACUAAUGGAGGAGCUGAAGGAUCAGUUGAAGGACAUGAAAGCGAAAUAUGAGGGUGCAUCAGCAGAAGUGGGAAAACUGCGAAACCAAAUCAAACAAAAUGAGCUGCUAGUAGAACAGUUUAGGAGAGAUGAAGGCAAGCUGGUGGAAGAGAAUAAGCGAUUGCAGAAGGAACUCAGUAUGUGUGAAACGGAGCGAGACAAGAAAGGAAGGAGGGUUGCUGAGGUGGAAGGCCAGGUAAAGGAACUCUUAGCAAAGCUGACCUUGUCAGUUCCAACUGAAAAAUUUGAGAGCAUGAAGAGCUUAUUAUCAAGCGAAGUAAAUGAGAAGGUGAAAAAAAUUGGAGAGACAGAAAGAGAGUAUGAAAAAUCACUUACUGAAAUCAGACAGUUAAGGAGAGAGCUUGAGAAUUGUAAGGCCAAACUUGCUCAGCAUGUCAAGCCAGAGGAGCAUGAGCAGCUCAAGAGCAGACUGGAGCAAAGAGCAGGAGAACUUGCAAAGAAGGUCACGGAACUCACGUCGAAAAAUCAGGUGUUGCAAAGGGACGUUGAAAAGGUUUAUCUGGAUAAUAAGCUCCUCAAUCAGCAAGUACAUAAUUUAACAAGUGAAAUAAAAAGUCAUUAUGUUCCCCUACAAGUGAGUGAAGAAAUGAAAAAGUCACAUGAUGUCACCGUCGAGGAACUGAAGAAACAGCUUUUAGAUGUCACGCAAAAAUGCGCAGACAAGCAGCUGGAAAUGGAGAAAUUGCUGUUGGAAAAUGACAGUUUAAGUAAGAACGUUAGCCGCCUAGAAACUGUAUUUGUGCCUCCUGAGAAACACCAAAAAGAGGUCACAGCUCUGAAAUCCAGCGUCGCUGACCUCAAACGACAGCUGUUGGAACUGAACAAGAAGUGUGGGGAAGACCGAGAGAAAAUAAACGCCCUCGUGUCGGAAAACACUAGCUUGAAAAAGACCCUGAGUAAUCAGUAUGUGCCGGCUAAGACCCACGAGGAGGUUAAGACCGCGCUGAGUGGCACGCUGGAUAAGACCAAUAGAGAAUUACUAGAUGCGAAGAAGAAAUGGGAAGAUCUCAAUCAGGAAUUUGUAAAAACAAAAGAUGAGAAUGAAAUCCUCAAAAGAAACCUGGAAAACACUCAGAGCCAAAUAAAAGCCGAGUACAUCAGCCUCCGUGAGCAUGAAGAGAAGAUGAGUGCCAUAAAUCAGAACAUGAAGAGUGUACAGGAUAACAGUGCAGAAAUACUGGCCAACUACAGAAAGGGCCAAGAGGAGAUUGUGACACUACACGCAGAAAUUGAAGCCCAGAAAAAGGAACUUGACACCAUCCAAGAAUGCAUUAAGCUCAAAUAUGCUCCUAUUAUCAGCUUCGAAGAGUGCGAGAGAAAAUUUAAAGCCACAGAGAAAGAACUAAAAGAACAGUUAUCGGAGCAGAUGCAAAAAUAUCACGUCAGGGAAGAAGAGGCCAAGAAGUACAAGCAAGAGAAUGACAAGUUGAAGAAGGAGAUUUUCACUCUUCAGAAGGAUUUAAAAGAUAAGAAUGUUCUCAUCGAGAACUCUCAUGACAUGGAAAGAGCACUCAACAGAAAAGCAGAAGAGCUCAACAAACAGUUGAAAGACCUGUUGCAGAAGUACAGUGAGAUAAAGACUGAGAAGGAGAAGCUGGUUGACGACAAUGCCAGACAGACUUCUGAGCUUCUUGCAGCCCAGACCCUUCUGCAAAAGCAACAUGUUCCAUUGGAACAAGUUGAGACCCUGAAAAAAUCUCUUAACAGCACAAUUGAGCAUCUCAAGGAAGAACUGAAGAAUAAGCAAAAGUGUUAUGAGAAAGAGCAGCAGACAGUGGCCAAACUGCAUCAGAUGCUAGAGAACCAAAAGAACUCUUCAGUGCCCCUGGGAGAGCAUCUGCGGGUUAAGGAAGCCUUUGAGAAGGAAGUGGGCAUGAUAAAGGCCAGCCUGAGGGAAAAGGAAGAAGAAAGCCAAAACAAAACCGAAGAGGUCUCCAAACUGCAGUCUGAGGUUCAGGACACAAAACAAGCAUUACAAAAACUAGAGACAAGAGAGGUAGUUGAUUUGUCUAAAUAUAAAGCAACAAAAAGUGAUCUGGAGACCCAGAUUUCCAACCUGAAUGAAAAACUGGCCAAUCUGAAUCGGAAGUAUGAAGAAGCCUGCGAGGAGGUGCUGCGUGCCCAAAGGAAGCAACUGUCUGCCAAAGAUGAGAAGGAAUUGCUACAUUUCAGCAUUGAGCAAGAAAUCAAGGAUCAGCAGGAGCGGUGUGAUAAGUCCUUAACAACAAUCACAGAGUUACAGAAAAGAAUACAGGAAUCUGCCAAACAGAUCGAAGCGAAAGAUAAUAAGAUAACAGAACUGCUUAAUGAUGUGGAAAGACUCAAACAGGCACUCAGUGGCCUUUCACAGCUCACUUCCCCGAGUGGGAGUCCCAGCAAGAGGCAGAGCCAGCUGAUUGACACCCUGCAGCACCAAGUGAAGUCUCUACAGCAGCAGCUGGCUGACACUGACAGACAGCACCAAGAGGUGAUUGCGAUUUAUCGGACACACCUUCUGAGUGCUGCACAGGGUCACAUGGAUGAAGAUGUGCAGGCGGCCUUACUCCAGAUCAUACAGAUGAGGCAGGGGCUCGUGUGCUAGCAGGCAGUGCUGACUGGCUGGUGUGUGCUUUGGCUGAUGGUGCCAAGCAUUCCCCUUGCAACUCCAUGGCCUUUCUGGGCCUUGUGCUAGUAUAAUUGAAAUAAAAUAUAUUUUGUUUCAUCA